GUGAUUGGUCAUAUGGACCCUCCCACUUUCUCACUUCCAUCCAAUCCAUCACAUUCCAGUUUCCAUUUUUUCCUUUCUCUCUGAACACGUCAUGAGGUAACGAUAAAUUUUUGACGGCGGCUGAGAUUUUGACAAAUAAUUCACAAAAAAUACCAUGGACGUAGUCGAGGCCGACUAUACUGAAGAGAGCCAGCAGGCGGUGGCGGACCAGCUACCAACUGCAGAACUGCCAGAAAUAAAGCUGUACGGCAGGUGGUCCUGCGAUGAUGUCCAGGUGUCCGACAUGUCCUUGCAGGACUACAUCGCGGUUAAGGAGAAGAAUGCGAAGUACUUGCCGCAUUCAGCAGGUCGCUAUGCCGCCAAGCGGUUUAGGAAGGCCCAGUGCCCAAUAGUAGAGAGACUAACAAACUCUCUCAUGAUGCAUGGCCGUAACAACGGCAAGAAGUUGAUGUCCGUGCGAAUUGUGAAGCACGCAUUUGAGAUUAUGCAUCUUUUGACCGGCGAGAAUCCCCUUCAGAUUCUCGUCACAGCCAUAAUCAAUUCUGGGCCUCGAGAAGAUUCAACUCGAAUUGGCCGUGCCGGAACUGUCCGGAGGCAAGCUGUUGACGUGUCUCCCCUUCGACGCGUCAACCAGGCCAUCUGGCUGUUGUGCACAGGAGCUCGUGAAGCGGCCUUCAGGAAUAUCAAGACCAUUGCUGAAUGCUUGGCGGACGAGCUGAUCAACGCUGCCAAGGGUUCAUCCAAUUCUUAUGCCAUUAAGAAGAAGGACGAACUGGAGCGUGUUGCCAAGUCUAACCGUUAAGUUCCCAUGUUUCUGUUUGUGUAUCUUGAAAAGUAAUAAAAUACAUUUACACACUGCAA